AUGCUGCUGAAGGUGAAGUACCACAGUACAAAGAAGUACAUCAGACUACAGCAAGAGUUCACAUACUUGGAUUUCAUCAGUGCCGUGAAAAACAAGUUUGGGCUUCAUGAUGUAGCUGAACUUCACAUUUUUGAUGAAGCUGACAUAGAAGUGGAGGAAGACAUCCUUCUUGAACUAAUAGAGUCCAAUCCAGACUUAUGUCUGACAGUGCGUGACAACAUUUCAGAUGAAGAUCAUUCAACACCAUCUUCCCUCACGGAAUCCAUGUCACAUACUUCAAGUGACAAUGACCUCUACAGUCAAAGACAAAUGGGGAUUUUGACAGGCAGAAAUAUAUCCACCUCUGACAUCAUGAACAGGUCUACCACAGAGUAUUCUGAUUCAGAGGAUGCAAAAGAGAUGGUAGAAAAUGCCUUGCUUACAAAGCCUGGAGGUGAGGACGUCCUUGAAGAGUACAAGUCCGAAAAUUCAUUGAAGCACCGCACCCGUAGACAGCUUGUCAACAUAUUGGCUAGCCAUAUGACUGAAAUGCAUGGGAGGAUUCCUUCCCGUAAACAGAAGGAGAAGUUUGCCCUGGGAAUCAUUACACUCUUUCCUUCGCUAAAGGAUCCCUUUUCUCCAAAUGGCUAUCUGAAUCAAGACUUCCUGCUGCUGUUUGGUGCUGAAACAGCUGCCAAGAUGCUUGAGAAGUGGGAUACAGCAUUCAAGCCCAAGGUUAUCAAAGAGGCCAAACACCUGACUCAGACAGCUGAACUGUGCCGACUUCUGACGGCGGCUGAAAACCUUGCAGAGAACGAUCACAGCACUGGACGGAAGAGGACCAAAAUAAGUCCCAGUGAUGCAGCGGGCAAAAUGUUGCACUUUCACAAGUCAUGCUGCAGCAUCGUUGAACACCUGCAGGGCAGAGUGGCUGAACAACCAUACAUCCUUGCUGUUGGCCGAACCCAAAACCAAAUUGAUGCCUUCUACAUCGUAGUGGACAAACAGCUCAUCCCGUGCAAAGCCACCAGCUCGUUGGGUGCUUUUGAUGAACUGUUUAAAUCCCACUAUGUGUUCAACCUGUCCUAUGAUGAAACCCUUGUCCCACUCUUCACCUUCGUGCAGACAACUGUCUACAACAUCGAUAUUGCAACAACAGAUGAGUCUCCAAGAGUCCGUGAGUUAAGAGCAAAAGUCUUAAACUAG